AUGUCUCAGCUUUUGUGUCGAAUCGCUAAGCUCCCAUCAUCACAGGGACUCUGUUUCAGUGAAUUGCGGCGGUUUUCCACGGCGGCGACGCCGUAUCUGCUUUUAAAUAAGACCAACUACAGGGCGGCGUCUAAGGGUGAAAUUGUGGUGGACAUAAACUUGUACGAUCCAAGGAAAGACGAAAGAGUGAAGAUCCAGGACCAGACUCUGUCGGAGGAGCUGGUGGCUUCGGUGAAGAUGGGAUCUUCGAGGGGAUGGGUGGGUGUGAAGAACGUACACGACUCCACAGUGCGGCUCACCAAUGUCUUCAACCCUUGUGCAUCUGUUUCGUCACAUAAAGUCAUCACUCUGCCUCCAUUGAAUGACAGUAGAUUUCGAGUUGUUUCCAAUCUCUGUCUCUCAGCUUCCCCAGAGCAGCAAGACUGUGUAGUGGCCGUGUGGUCGUAUCGUUCACUCGUCGGUCUGUGUCGGCCCGGUGACUCGGUUUGGACACAUAUCGAGGUCCCCGUUUUGGCCUCAGAGAUGGUGUAUUCCGUCAAGGACAGUAGAUUCUAUCUCCGCAGGGUGAGUAAGGAAGACUAUAAGGGUCUGGUUGAUCUCAUCAACACUAGCUCCGGCUUCCCUCAGGUGAGUCUGUACCAGAGAUUACCUAACUCUGACAUCCCCGAGAGUAUACAAGAUCAGGUUACCUCAACUAUCAAGACUCAGCACAUGGUCGAGUCACCGUCGGGCGAGUCCUUCGUCGUUUACUGGUGUAAGGAGUUGUUAAACAGAGAAGAAAUCUUGUCUAGCCGCGGCAAGGAACCUACAUCCCGUGGGAGGAGGAAGCCCAGUGGCUUUGUGGUGUUCAGGCAGGACCUUCACCAAGGGAUCGGUUCUUACACUGAAGACAUUGGCGAUCUCUGCAUCUUCCUAGGCAAGAGCGAGGCCUUUUGCGUCCGAAUAUCCCGGACUUAAACCUAACUCCAUCUACUACGCAAGCUCUAGCUCGGGGUUUGGUUUCUACGACCUCUCCUCCAACACUCUCCACGAGCUCAUCGACCCUACCUACGGUUACUACCAGUGGCUCGCCCCUCUCCAGUGAAUAAAGCUUAUAUUGGCUUUUAAACUGUUGUAACUUUGGUGUUGUAAUAUGCAUAUUAUCUAUGUUUUAACUUAUGAUCACAAAGAUGCUUUUAGUUUUGAGUUAAUGGAUUCAUAUUCAGCUCUCUUUUCUUAAUUGCUCUUGAUCUUCUCCUUGUGGUUGGUUGGGAAUAGGGUCCAAAUAUAUCGUAUUUAGAAUCUUUUCAUCAUUGUACACAAAUAUAUUGUAAUGUUUGUUUUUAUAAAUAGAUUAAAAUU